AUGGCUAGUAUUUGCAAGUUGCCUCCCAAUAGCUCACCAAUUAAGGGGAAUGAUACUACGGCUGUCGCAACACCUGGUCCAUUCGCCAUUCCCGUAGAAGUGCCUCGAAAGUCGUUUCCCACUGCGAUCAUUGUCGGUGUGAAGAAAGCUGGCACCAGGGCUCUUCUCGAAUUUCUUCGACUUAAUCCGAAUAUUCGAGCUCCAGGACCCGAAGUGCAUUUCUUCGACAAGAACUAUCAUAAAGGACUGGAGUGGUACCGGUCUCAUAUUUGGCUGUUUGCCUCAAGGGGAAUGGUCAGUCGAAGUCUAUUAGCAUGGAGACUAAUCACAUUAUGUGUUCCCGGUGGUGCUAUAAUUAUCCCUAAGAUGCUAGGCCUAAUUGAAGGACACUGCAGCGCAUCGUCGUGGCUACUUGCCAACCACUCAAUCAACAAACCACACAAACAUGUGAAUAUUCGCGCAACGAAAAACAUACGGAUGGAUUACCGUAACGCGCUUACGGUUCCCGUAUUGCGUCAUGAUACCAGUAGGGAUUCAUCAAGUACUUGGGCUAAGCCGCCAUCUGACUACCAACGAUAG